CCAAGUGCCGCUUGCUAAAGGAAAUGAGUCGGGCUUUACAAAGUUUAUGGAAGUUUGUGCGCUCCUAAGCCAAAGAAAGAUUCGAAUCGAUUUAUAGCCAAUGAGUAGGUUUUAACUCUGAAAUAAUAAUGCAGGCCAAUCUGGACUGAUGAAGUGCAUCUAAUCAAGUAAAAAACGCAUUGAAAUGCGUGUCUAUGAGUUGAGCCUCCUGAUCUGAAGAGGCACAACCAUGGCGUCACAGUUCAGCAUUGAUGAUGCAUUUGUGCUGGAGGGAGAGGAUGAGGGUGUCUGUCCAGAAGGAGACCUGGAAGGAUGGAAAGGGAAAGACAAAGAGAGAGAUGGAGAGAUGACAUUUGGCCCCCUGUCUUUUACCAAGCCACAGACUCAUCCGACCACUGUAGCUGGCUCCCCUGAGCACAGCAACCUCAAAUACCAGAAUCUGGAAAAUGAAGAGGGCCUGGGUAACAGUGGUGGCUCCUCCUUCAACAACUUCUUCAAAAUCAGUGACCCGGCCACCCUCUCCUACUGCAGCUCCCAGUGGUCCUUUAGUACCCUCAGCUCUGUCACACAGCUUCCUGCACGCUGCUGCGGUUGGACAUCUCACCCUCUUGUGAAGAAGAACAGGCGGAUAGUUCUAGCUUCAUUCCUCCUCCUCAUCACUGGCGUGGCCCUAAUCUUCACCGGCAUCGUCAUACAGUUGAACCCAGAUGCAGGAGUCUCCAGCGCUAUCUUCUUUGUUCCUGGAUUCCUACUCUUUAUUCCAGGAGUGUAUCAUGUGAUCUACAUAAGCUGUGCUGUCCAGGGGCGCAGAGGCUUCAAGUUCUUCUACCUGCCGUACUUUGAGAAGUGAUCUCACUCCAGUUUGCCUGUCUUUUGUGCCAAAAAAUUCCCAAUUAUUGGGUGAGAGAGAGAGAGAGAGAGAGAGAGGAGCCCACUGUUGUAUGAACUACCACUACUAACACAGAACCACUGUGCAAAUCUGCAUGCUUCCAGCAAAGUAUUUGGAAGGGAAGGAUUUUUUAGUGCUUGUAUAUUGAUUUUUUUUUUUUUUUUUUAAAUAUCUGUGACACUACAAUUUCUACUCAUCUAUCAUGAUUUUGUUUUUGUAGUGACAACCAUUUUUAAAUAUGUGUUUUUCACCAAAUAUUUUUAAAAUCAGUCUCUGAAUGUUCCUUUUGAUAAGAAACAGGAGACAGCAAUGCAUGCCAUAGUGCCAUACAUGUGGGAUUUAGACCCACUACAAUAAUUAAACAAAUCAAAUAUCUGUCUUCCUGUAAACGUGCUGUUUUUGUUUUCUUUUUAAAAUGUUAAAGUAUAUAUUUUUUGUGAUUGUUUUUCUAAAUGGAAUUCAAUGGUAAUUGACAACAGCUAUCAUCAAGCCUUAUUAGGGGCAGUAGACUUUUGUUGAAAGAGACAUUUUAAGAAAUAUGGCAACAUGCGAAGAGUAGUUGGAGAGAAGUGGUAGAAAUCCUGUGGUCAUCCACAGGUCUUUUAAUUGAUGGAUUUGGGUGGCUUAGUGACCGGUUUAUAGGGUGGCUUAGUGAUGUGAUCGAUUACAAUGUAUCUCAGUGCAAACAUCUGAUGCACAGGCCUCUAUGACAUUGAGAGCCUCCCAUAUCAAUUUCAAUUCAAAGUGUCAUAAUGUUGUUUUAAAUUAUGUAGAAUUAUGUUGCUUUUAUAGUAGUUAACAAUUGCUUUAUGUAUGUUAACAACUUUUUUUUUACCAAGCCACUUGCCAUCCUUAAAUGUUGUGCAAUCUCACUUUGUAUUUAUCUGUGUGCCCUAUAUUAUGUUUUUAACUCAUUCGUGCAACUUUAAAUUAUGUCUCUGUGCUUCUGCUGUGGAACCCUGUUUGGAUAGUUCAGGGGUGUGUUUCCCAAAAGCAUAGUUGCUAACUAAGUUGGUUGCAAAGCAAUUUCCCAUUGCCAACAAACUAAGUUGCUAACAGGUUAGCAAUUAUGCUUUUGGGAAACACACCCCUGUUCAGUUGACAAAUACUAGGAGGUGCCUCAGAUGUCCAAAGUCCUGGAGGACAUUCCAUUUCAGUCUUGUUAUGCAUUUCUCUAUGCUGACAAUAAUAAAAAAAAAUGUGAUUUUAUCAGUUUGAAACCAAA